GAACUGAGACAUUUGUGAAUGCCGCAAAAUUGCACACCAAAAAAUUGAUGUGAGAUAAAUGAAGAGAUAAUUGUGGAUUUUUUUUUCGAAUAUUUGAACAGUAAGGCGGACAUUUAAGAGCUGUGGCCAGUUGGCCGGGGCAGCCACCAUGCCGCAUACGUCCGCCCCGCGGCCGCACUCUACCGGCUCCCCGGGUCACAGCCACGGCCACAGUCACGGCCAUUUCGCCGCGGCGCGACAGAGCGCCCUCAGCGAGUGUUCGCCCCGCCACAGCCACCACGAAUGGCAGGCCAAGGAGGAGCUGCGCACCCAGGAGCUGGAGGAGGCCAAGGCGCGCGCCUCGCAGAUGGAGAAGACGAUGCGCUGGUGGUCCGACUGCACCGCCAACUGGCGCGAAAAGUGGAGCAAGGUUCGCGCUGAGCGGAACAAGGCGCGCGAGGAGCUGCGCUCGGUCCGGCUCCGGCUGGAGACCGCUCUGAAGGAGACGGCCGCCGUCAAACGGGACCGACACGAGAUCGAGGCUGAGAACGAGUCUCUAGCCGCCGAGCUGGGCCAGCUAAAACGCCUGCUGUCUCAGCGCUGUGAGUGUGGCGGUCCGCUGGCGGUCGGCGCGCCGCCGGACCCGCUCACGGAGCGAGCCGCCGCCGCGUUCGGCCUUCCCGAGUUCCGAGUCUCGGAGGCGGAGCGGGGAGCGAUCCCCAAACAGCGCCCGCGCCCGGUGAUGGAGCCGGAGUCGGUGUCAGCAGCGGCGGUGGUUCCGCCCGGGAUGGUGGUAGGCGCGCCGGUGCUGACACCCACCCCGGUGGCAGUACAGACCCCGGUCCCUGCCGUCUCUCCUGCAGUGUCGCCCGCCGCCCCCGCCUCGCCCACGUCUCCAGUGGCCACGGUGGAGACGGCGUCCGUCCGACAGCGGGAUGCGACCGAUAAGGCGCUGCAGCUCGAGCGGGACGAGAAAGCAGCCCUGCAGCGCACCGUCGAGUCUCUGCGUCAAGACGUAUCAGACCUUCGCUCGCGACUGGACGACGUGCGCCUCUCGCGCCAGGAGACCCUCAAACAGCUGAUGGAGCUGCGCGCGCAGCACGAGAACCAGCUGACCAGCAUGCAGCUCGAUCUGAGGGACGAGACGUCUAGCCGUGAGGUCCGUGAUCUACAGCUGGCCGAGCUGCGUUCCGAACUUGAGCGUCUACAGGCCGAAAACGCCGCCGAAUGGGAGCGCCGCGAGCGUCUGGAGACGGACAAAAUCUCCGUGGAGCGCGACAACAAGAAGCUGCGGGCGCACAUCGCCGAUCUGGAGGAGCGACUGGAGAAGAGGAGUCGACAGCUGAGUCAGACGGCCGAGACGGAGAAUAAACAGCUCCAGUCGGAGGUAUUCGAGAAGAGCCGUGAGCUCUCCGAGCUAAAACACGCGCACAGCAAGCUCAAGAAGGUGCUACAGGAGAAGACCACCGAGCUCUCCCACGCCAUGCGGCGCGCCGAACAGUUCGAGGCCGAGGUGCGCCGACUGCGGGGCCGCGUGGACGAACUGAAGCGGGAGCUGGGCACGGUGGAGGAUGAAGUCGAUAGCAGCACGACCAACCAGCGGCGGCUGGUGCGCACCAAUGAGGAGCUGCAGGAACAGGUGGAGAGCCUGUCCGUGCAGCUGCAGCACCUCCAGGCCAGGGCUCGUGCCGGCUCCUCCGCCAUGCCGUCCAUCAAGGAUAAGAUCCUCGUGGACGGCGAGACAGACGACGAGGAGCUCGGUGAGCUCUGAGCUGUGAGUUCGGUGAGGUUCGAGGUGUGAGCUCUGACCUCUGAGCUCCAUGAGCUGUGAGCUCUGACGAGUUGUUGGUGGCUCCGACUGGCCGAUGAGCGUCGUCAGGCGUCGUCUGCUCUACAAAUAGACCACUACGGCAUGUGCGGCCCGCACACUCACGGCCACCAGGUCUGUCUCUCUGUGUUGUUUUGUUGUUGGAGAGCCCGUCAGAGUUGUUUGACGUGGCGACUACCUAUACCGCCAGUGGAUGCGGUGUUCUCAGUUCGCAGGUGUCGGGGCAGAGGCUUAUUAGUCGGUGGGCGGCUGUGGAGAAUUCUUAGCUGGGUAGGCGCGGUCGCGGAGGCAGCUAUACUUAACGCUUAUACUGACGUGCCACGGGAUAAUAGGGCAGCUGAGAGUACCGGGUGACAAUAAUUGUGCUGGUCGUGAACGUACCUGUUAGUUGUGGCGUGCUGUUGGCGAGCCGAAUCGACUCAGCAGUGGGGUAAUGGUUAGCUGAGGUGUACCUGUGAGCCAAGUUGGCUGAGGUGUACCCAUCAGCUGCAGUUUACGUCCUGUGGGCUGUUUGCCGCAGCCGUUUCGGUCGGUGAUACGAAGGGCUUUUGUUUGAUGUUUGGUGCGCGGCUAGCUGUCUCUGUUUGCUGUUUGAUGGGCAAUAAGUUGGCUCUAUGAUUGCUGUCUGGUGCGCGGCUAGCUGUUUGCUGUUCGGUAUUCGGCCUGUCGGCUUGUUCGCCAGCCGCGCGUCUGGCGGAGUGGGUUCUGAAUGUGCAACUGCCUCGACUGCUGCCGGUCUUUUUAACUGUUUUGCUAUAUUUAUUUGGCAGUUGCCGUUAUAUUCCUCAUGAUUCUUUUUCCUUGCACGGUUGUUUUAUAUUAGCAUUAUUGGCUAAGCGGACUUCGACUUUGCUAGAGUCCGUUGAAGCACCACAUGAUAAAGAUUUGAACGAGCUGAAAGGCAACUCGUGGCAUUUUGCUUUGUCUUUGUAUUUUGGUAAUUGUUUGCUAAGAUAUUGGUAUCAGUUUGAGCGACUAUGUGAGAUUAUUCAUGCUGCAAAGCUCAUACAAUCAUUAGAUAAACGUGUGGUGUUAUUUUUACACUAAUUGAUGUCAUCCAGCGCUCAUUUUCUUCAGAACGUUUCUGUAUAUAUCGCAACGAUUUUCGCACGUCUCACGCAUCACGCGUAUCGUUAUCUCUAGUGUCAUGCACAAUAUGGUGUUGUCUAUUGGUUCGUGAUACGUGUAGGGUCAUCUCGGUCAUCCUAACAAAAAUCAACUGUUCACCUGACCUAUAGUACUUAAUCCCUCAACCUGAUCUAUGAUGGGUGGACCGCUCAUGCUGCGUUUUCGUUCAACCGCAGCGUCCCAUCCCUUUUCGCGCAGCAGCUCCUGGCCUCUCGAGUGAGCCACCGAUUGUUCUGGAAUGUUCGUAUCUGUAUGCAUUUAUCUGCCACUCCAGCUGCGAAUGGAAGGUUGGUUCAGGCGCUGGUGGGGUCUCCCCAGACGUGGAGAUCUGUUCAGAUUGUUGUGAUGGCAAUACAAAACCCUUUAUUCUCAGCGGC